CUGGGAGACGGUCACACUAUUUCCAAUUAUUUGCAAUUUUCGUCCGCGUCCAAAUCGCGCCAAACAUUGUGCAUUCCUUGGCUUCCCCGGAAUUGAGACCUUUGCCCAACAGCUGGACUCCAUUUUGAUCCGACCACCGGUGAGAUGAGCGAGUUAAAUGCAAGUGUAGCCGCCCCAGAGGGCGAGGAUGGAAAUCCGCUGGAGCAAUCGACCAUCACUAUGGUGGACGUGCUCGAGCAGGAGAAGGAACUGGAGGACGAGUACGCUGCGGUGCUGGGCGCCUCCGACGAGAAGUCCUGCACCUACGCCAAGGGACCCAUCGGCCGGCAGGCCUUGUACUCCUGCCUCACCUGCUGCCCGGAGGCACGCACUGACCUGUCCAAAGCCGCCGGCUGCUGCCUGGCCUGUUCCUACCGCUGCCACGAGAACCACGAACUGGUGGAGCUCUAUACAAAGCGGAACUUUCGCUGCGACUGCCCCACGAGCAAGCUGGGCAAGUGCGUCCUGAAUCCGCAACUGACAGGCGCCCAGGACGUGAAUAAGGGGAAUCUGUACAACCAGAAUUUCCAGGGCCUCUACUGUCGCUGCAAGCGUCCGUAUCCCGAUCCCGAACGCACCGUCGAAGAGGUGAUGCUUCAGUGCGCCAUCUGCGAGGACUGGUACCAUCUGCCGCACAUGAAGGCACCGGGCUCCAGCGAGAAGUGGCUGGACGCAUGCAGCGAAAUGAUAUGCGACGGCUGCAUGGAUGCUGUACCAUUCCUAAAGGACUAUACCGGAUUGGCCUUGCAGCCAGUGGAGGAGGAGCAGAAGCCCCAGGAGGACUCAAAGCCAAAGCAGGAUGAAGGCCAACUAAAGUCCGAUCUAGAUCGCAGCAUCAGCGAUAUAAUGAAGGUUUCGGAGGAGGAAGGCAAUGCAGCAGCAGCCGACGAGGGCGAACCUAGCCAGAAGCGUCCCAAGUUGGACAAUUGCAGUCGUCCCAAGCCUCUCAAGGAGCACCAGGGAGCCGCUUUCUGGACUAAUGACUGGCGCAAAUCGCUUUGCCAGUGCUCUGAAUGCCUGCCGCUCUACAAGGAGCUUGGCGUGGAGUUUCUGCUGGACACCGAGGACUCGGCCAAGACGUACGAGGAGCGCGGCAUGAAGCGUGCAGAGGAGAAUUCCAGCUAUGAGCAGGGCAUCCGGGCAUUGGCCUCCAUCGACCGGACACAGCAAAUCGAUGCGAUUACCGAAUACAAUCGCAUGAAGGACAAGCUAAAGGAAUAUUUGCAGUCAUUCGCCGCCAGCAAGAAGGUGGUGACCGAGGAGGACAUCAAUCGCUUCUUUGCCGGCAUGCGCAAUGAGAAUAAUGGCCAGCUGGGCCAACCAUAUUUUUGUCGCUAAAAAAACUGUCUUGAGUAUUAUGAACCAGGGAUCGAAUAUUAUGAGUUUUCUGACCUUUAAAGAUAAGAUUUAAGGGAUAAUUCAUAAUUCAUCAUAACUAUUGAGCCAAAAGAAAUCAUAUGAAACAUAAAUUUAGCAUUAAAGGUGAAGAAAAUCAUGAAAAUUCAAAAUUUUAAAACAGAAUCCUUCAGUUUUUGCUUGUCGAUUGAAUAUAUACGAUCCCUGGUUUCAGCCACACAUUCCCCCCAUCACAAAGCACAUAUAAACCAUGUAAAAUCUUAAGUGAUACUUUAUUAUAAUUACGGAUUCACUCCUUUCACAUAACAAGAAAAGUCGUAACAAGGCAUCGGGGCAAUGAGAUUCGCAUGACCCUCUUCUAUACGCUAUCUAGCCAAAAUAUCUAUGUACAAUGUGUGGCAAAGUAGAGUUAUUAUAAAGCAUGUCCUUGCAUAACUCUACUUUUGUUAAUCUUCUGGUAUAUUUAUGAAUAAAAUAUAUGUAAACGCGUACAUUUAGUAA